UGAUACAAUAUAAGCAAUUUGAGCUGUCUUGUGUAGUCUGCCUAGGAGUAACUGUCUCAAACACGUUAGCCAGAAAAAUGUCGGUGGUUAGCUGCGCCCUGAGUCGAAAUGUUGUGGCCAUUAGGAAUGCUGGCAUGAUGGUGAUGGUGCGGCACGCUCAGACAGCCGCUGCCACGGCUCCUGAACCAAGAAUCAAGAAGUUCCAGAUUUACCGCUGGGACCCAGACACCGCCGGAGACAAACCACGAAUGCAGACGUAUGAAAUUGAUCUCAACAGCUGUGGUCCAAUGGUUCUGGAUGCCCUCAUAAAGAUCAAGAAUGAAAUCGACCCCACACUGACAUUCAGACGCUCCUGUCGUGAGGGUAUUUGCGGCUCAUGUGCUAUGAACAUCAAUGGAGGCAACACACUGGCAUGCCUCAACAAAAUCGACACCAACACGAGCAAACCGACCAAAAUCUACCCGCUCCCACACAUGUAUGUGGUCAAAGAUCUGGUGCCUGAUAUGAGCAACUUCUAUGCACAGUACAAAUCCAUCGAGCCCUACCUGAAGAAGAAGGACGAAUCUCAAGAAGGGAAGGAGCAGUAUUUCCAGUCGGUGGAGGACAGGCAAAAAUUGGACGGCCUGUAUGAGUGCAUCCUCUGCGCUUGCUGCAGCACCAGCUGUCCCAGCUACUGGUGGAACGGAGACAAAUACUUGGGACCUGCUGUCCUAAUGCAGGUGGGUAAUUACAUUUAUUUUUAUUUAUUUAUUAAAACAUUUUAUUGU